CAAAAUGUAUGGUCAAUAGGUAAAUCUGAAGGAUGAACAAGCCAUUGAAUGUUUAAAAAAUUGGUUUAGCUACCUUAAAGUUGGGGGGAGGCACCUCAUUACAGCACCAUCAAGUUUCACAAGAGUAAAGUCAGUGAUUUCCCCUCCUGUGGAGUCACAUUUUUUAAAAAGGUUUCAGUGACAAAGAGUUGGAGGGUGAGGAGCUACAGAGUCUCAGGCCCAUGGCUCCAGAGGCCAUAACAGAGAAGAGUCUAGGGCUUUCAUCCAACCCCACAGACACCAGAAAGAAGGAAAGACAGUUGGGAGGAUAGCAGAUUGUGUAUGACUGUUUCUGAGAAAGCUGGUGGCAUGGCCAAGAGUGGCCUUGCAAGAGGAGGAGUUCUAGAAAGAACACUGUAAAGAAAAAGCGAAUAACUCUCCCCAUACCUCUUUUUCUUCUUUUUGUAGGUUAUUUCUUAUGAGGGUCAUGGAUAUCCCCUAUCUAAACUUAGAAGGACCAGACUUGCAACCUAAACGUGAUCACGUUCUCCAUGUGACAUUCCCUAAAGAAUGGAAAACCAGUGACCUUUACCAGCUUUUCAGUGCCUUCGGUAACAUUCAGAUAUCCUGGAUUGAUGACACAUCGGCCUUUGUCUCUCUUAGCCAGCCUCAACUCGUACAAAUUGCUGUCAAUACAAGCAAAUAUGCAGAAAGCUACCGGAUCCAGACCUAUGCAGAAUAUGUGGGGAAAAAACAGGAGGAGAAACAGAUCAAGAGGAAGUGGACAGAAGACAGUUGGCAGGGCAUGGAGGGAAAGCAGCCGAGCACACAGAGCUUGUCCCACGGGCUGCAGAAUCACAACUACCAUACCAACAGCUUUUCAGCCACCAGCACAGCAGGAAAGAGAAAUUUGAGUACUGGUCCAGGACAAGCUGGCUUGGAGGACGGAGUAUCAGGGGAGAUUUCUGACUCUGAGCUGGAACAGACAGAUUCCUGUGCAGAAUCCCUCUCAGAGGGAAGGAAAAAGGCCAAGAAAUUGAAAAGAAUGAAGAAAGAGCUUUCUCUGGCAGGAAGCCGAGCGGACAGCCCUGCCAAGCUCUUUGAAGUCCCUGACACGUGGUAACCAAGGCCUGAGUAAAGCCACCACUGGUGCCAGCGCUGAGGAAGAGCAACAAGCACAUCUGGAAGCCAUGCUGUAUUGUAUUUAAUAAAAUGUGGCGUGGGGGGACCAAGACUGUCUCCUGGAAAGACCAGUUUUUAUUUUGGUGGCUGUUUCUUUUUCAUUUUUAAUCAAAACUAACUUGACAAGCACCACAGUCUGGGCUGGCGGGAACACGUGUGUCAUUGACCCGUUCGUCACGUACCACUCUGCUCGUGGGAGGCCUUUCCUGUGGCUCAGUGUUUGAGAAUCCACCCGACUGGGAGCCGAGCUUCAGGGUGCUCUGGUCGCCUGUUCUGGGCUGAGCUCUUUCCUGCUGAGGAAGGUGCUAGCCCAUCCUCUCCUGCUCAGACUAUGGGACCAUGGCAGGUUGAGGUCACAAUCUUAUUCUGGGGAAAGAGUGUAGCCGCUGCUUCCCGCCCUAGCUGCCUGAAGGCAGCAUCCCGGCUUGUCUUGCCCGUAGGAAGACAUCCUCUGGUGUCGACAUGGGAGAGCUCAGCAGGUGCCUCGUUACCUUUCCUGAGAUACUAGCUCUCGGGGAUAUUGCAGUAUUUCGUCCCUCUGGUCUUACGUGCAGCACUGGGCUCCCUUUGCAGCAGCUCCACCCGCUCCUCUCCUGUUUGUGUGUGUGUGUGCGUGCAUCCAUGUGCAUGUGUGAGUAACAUCAUGACCAGCUGCACAGAUCAGCCCUUCGUGUGAACAGCACCACAGUGACAACCUCAACCUUCAGCAGUCUGCUUCUGGUAGAUCAUUGUUACAUAUGCAACAUUUUUGUAUGU